UUAGCUGUAUGUUAGCUCCAAGGACCCGAGCCGCUGCACUCGGACAGAAACUAGCCUUAGCAGCAUUAGCAUCAGGAGUCGCAGCAUCACCUGCACGGACUGUGGCGGAAAAAAAAAUCACAAACUACCCACGGGUGGAGGUGUAGCAGUGUCCUUGGGUAAAAGACGCAUCCACCAUGUUGAACCCAACCAAUGGGGAGCCGGGCCACGUAGUUGUGAAUUAUGUGGAGGAGUAUUUGGAUUUGGUGGAGUCCCUGCCCUUUGACCUGCAGAGGAGCGUCUCACUCAUGAAGGAGAUUGAUGCCAAGUAUCAAGACGUCCUGAAGGAGCUCGACGAUGCCUAUGAGCGCUAUCGCCGUGAAUCGGACUCACUCCAGAGGCGCAAGCUUCAGCUGUCCAUCCAGAGAGCUCUGAUCCGCAGUCAGGAGCUGGGAGAUGAAAAGAUCCAGAUCGCUGGUCAAAUGGUGGAGCUGGUCGAGAACCGAACGAGACAGAUCGACUGGCACUCGGAGCGUCUCCUCUCCUCCCAGGACGUCCCGGAGAGCCACGUCCCCACGGCGGCGUCCAUGGCGAGCACGACGGCGUCGCUGAUGUCCUCGUCGUCCGCUGCCGUCACGCCGGGGAAACCCGGGCACCACGACAAGAAGCGCGACGAGGCCACCCCGGGCUCGGGCGGCGCAGACAAAGCCGGAGGGAAGCGCUCCAGGCGCCAGAAGAACGGAGAGAACCGCGAGAGUUACGGCGGCAUGGACCACUCCGAGGACGUGGGAGUGGGGGCGUCCCGGGAGAAGAGGGCCAAAACGUCGAAGAAGAAGAAGAGGUCAAAAGGCAAAUCCGAGAGGGAGGUGUCGCCGCCCGACCUGCCCAUCGACCCCGACGAGCCCACGUACUGCCUGUGCGAGCAGGUGUCCUACGGCGAGAUGAUCGGCUGCGAUAACGACGAGUGCCCCAUCGAGUGGUUCCACUUCUCCUGCGUGGGCCUCCAUCACAAACCCAAAGGCAAGUGGUACUGCCCCAAGUGCCGGGGGGAGAACGAGAAGACCAUGGACAAGGCUCUGGAGAGGGCCAAGAAGGAGCGAGCCUACAACAGGUAGCUCGCUGCGCGCCACGCCGCCAAACGAACACUCCUGUAAAAUAAUGUAUCCGUGUUGGUUUCCAUUUACAAUAAUCCCAAUAAAUCAAACUGUAAUUCACUGAGAGGGGUCUUGUAAAUAAUUAUUUUUGUAACUGCUGUAUAGUAAAGUGAUGAUUGUUCCUCCUGAUCAGGAUGUUGGUAGAGAACAGAAAUGUGCACGUUUGUAACAAAACUGUUACACACAUUUGUUUUUUUAAAUAAUGCAUGCGACUUCCCCCACUUGGUUAUAUAUAUGUGCUCGAUUAUCAGAAUAAAACCUUUUGAAACGAAGACAUUCAUUAUCUUUAACAACAAAUUGUCCAUUUCCCGAUCCGCUCUUCAGAUGUUGACAGUGAUGCAGUGGGUUUGACGGACUGAACAAAUCACAAAAACGCCAUCAUUAAAGGAUGAACUGCCUUUUCUUUUUAUUUACAAGUACUGGAAAAAAGUGACAUGGGAGACAAACCAGUGCAAAAUCUGUACAUAAUUUCAGUUGCAGGCUUCUUUAUAUACACAAGAACUGAAGAGGAUCGUGAACACUCCGUCAUGCAUGUAACAGUUCACACAACACGGUAAAAGACUCGGUGUGGAGAUGUCUGAGUGGGCCACGCCCCCGGCGGCUCCUCCUCCCGCUGCCUCGUGAAAACAAACCGACAGAAGCGACCAGGCGCGCCACACGAGACGCGCCGUCGGAGACACUUUGACAUGAUGGGGGGGGUCUUAACAGCAAGUGAGAACAACAGAAUCACUGAGUAAUGGCCCUCGAGUCCAUGGUGACGAAACACAGGAGGCAAGAUUCAGCAGAUUUCCCCUGAUAAACUGGAAAAUGAGGCUAGAAUAGAAAAAUAAUAAAUUCUUCUCGGUGGGAAAGGAAGA